AUGUUAGAACAAAGUGAUAUUCCUGAGGUGGUUGAAAGUUACAUUGGUGAGGCAAUAGAUCAAAGAAACUCUAAAAUGCCCCAAUUCGAAGGUCUUGGACCUGUAGAUAUGAUAACAAUGGUAAAAUAUUUAAAACCACAGAACUCAGCAUUUGGUACAAUGGGUACUGCUAAUUCUACAAAUUCAAAACAUCCAAAGGUAAAUCCAACUAGUUUUAAAGAUGUUAUUUCUCAUACAGAACAUUAUAGAGGUGAGAUUGGAACUUUUUUUUAUAUAAUGGGGAUAGAUAAUUCAGAUUCAACAUCAAUCGCUGUAAGUUUAAAAGAGAUCGCUGAUUCGAUCUCUGAAACGCCACAACCUUGGUUUGACAAAAUAAAAAGUUUUAACGUCGAGAGAAUUUCACUUUCAAGUUGGAACAGUUUUAGAUCAUACGAUGUCACAACAAUAGUUAAAAUUCCAGGUAAUUUGGCUACUUUCAUUGUGAACGAAGAUGGUGAAGAAGUUAAGGAUAUCACACAGGCAGAUUUUCAAUUGAUCAUGACAGAAACUUAUAUGUCUUCUGUAGUUCGUUCAAUUUCCUUGAUGAAGGAAAACAGAAAUGACAUGGAGCAGCAACCGUUGGUAGAAACUUUGAUUUUUAACCCAUUAAUGAUGGGAAAACUUAAAUCUACUGGCGACACUUUUAUUGAAUUAUUUCCUAUUGUUUAUGAAGACGGUCAUUUGUUAGGAUCAUCUCCCACUAUAGCAGCUACCAAUAGAACUAACAACUACUUGGUUGACACUUUUGUAGAGAUUGUAAAACUAACAAGAAGCAUUGAUAAAGCUAAGGAAAUGCUUAUAAAUUUAUCGAAGAAAUUUCCUGAAGUUCUAGUGGUGCUAAUAAAAAUUUUAUUGGUUUGUGAAUACGAAUAUGAUGCAUUCCAAUUAGUAAAUGAAUUGUUAUCCACCGAUUAUACAAACGUCACAUCGAUUAAUAACAUGAAUAUCGAAAACAAGUCGGUGUACAUAGGUGAAUUAUUAUAUAUUCAAGCUGAGCAUUUGAUGACUAAUAGAAAAGAAUAUAAAUAUGCAAAACUAAUUGCUAAAAAGUGUGUCGAAUUAUUACCAAAUGAGAUGGAGCCGUGGUUACUGUUGAGUAAAGUAUAUUUUAAGUUAAAUGACAUUAAAAAUGCAUUAUAUACUCUAAAUUGUAUUCCGACUGCUCUAGUGAAAGAAAAGUACAUUUUGAAAAGAGUUGUAGAUUUUACUUCUAAGAAUACUAAUAAUUUACCUAGAUUACAUUUACCAUUACCACUGGAUAUUAAAUUAAAUGACAUUGACUCUGUUGAUUCCAUGAAUAUCCGAUUAGAAAACGAAUCUUGUGAUCCUGAUUUACAAAACUUACCAGCAACCACUUUAAAACCUAUUUUUCGAAGAAUAUAUCAGCACUUAACUAAAAUACUCCAAACAAUAUCUUGGGAAGAAUUAUUGAGCAUUAGGUCACAGAUAUUUUUAAUGGAAGAAGAGUAUAUGAGGAAUCCGCAAACCAUUGAAGAAAUUAAUCAAAGACCUGCUGAUAAUAAGAGACUGUGUGAAAGAUGGUUAGAUAACCUAUUUAUGAUCAUGUAUGAAGACUUGAGAGUGUACACAAUAUGGAGAAAGCAACAAUUAUACCAUGAAGUAGAAGAUAGCACCAUUAGCCACACAACUACCGAAUGGGAAUUAUUUGGCUUAUGUGCGGCAAGGUUAGGUUACCAACACGAAGCUGCCUCUGCAUUUGAAUUUGGAUUAUCCCAAAGAUUUUCUCCAGUGUGUGCUAGACAAUUAUUAGAAUACCAUUUAACUAUCCAUAAAAACCAUCAGAGAGAAAACAACUCACUUAAUUCAAAAUUAACAUCAUCAAAAAUAUUACAACAGAUGGAAAAAACCAAUAAAAGUAUUAUAAAUUUGUGUAUUAAAAUUGUUUGUUGGGAUCAUAGAUGGUACAUUAAUUUUUCUUUAUUGAUUUUAGAAGCGAUGGGUAUUGUCACACAAGAUAUGGGUAUUUCCAAAGUUUCCAAUGAGAUUCGUGGGAAUUUCAAUAAUGAUGUCUAUACUUUUUUCAAAAACAACAUUUUAAAGUUUUUCAAAGAGUAUAGCAACGAUGAUUACGACGUGUAA